AUGUAAACGGAGGAUUGUCCCAAGCGCCAUGUCCAAACGCUACACUGUUCCGUUGGCGCUGGUACUUCUGCUACUACACACGGGGACCGUUCGAGGUUGGGAUCUUCCUGAGAGUUGUCCAACGACUGGUUCCCUCAGUCUGCCCAAUGACAAAACGUACGUGUCGCCAUCCGACGAGAGCGUAAACUACGACACGGCCCAGACAAGGUGUGCCGCGGUGGGAGGAAUGGUCGCCGUACCGCGGGACUCAAACGAGCAGGAGUAUCUUGUGUUUUUCAAGAACUGUCUAGACGCAAAUAGUAAUUUUUGGGUCGGACUCAGUAGACCGAGCGGGACGUGGGUCGACAGCCAAGGCACGGCGCUCGGGGAAUUUGCUGCCUGGGCUCCAGGGGAACCUGAUGAAUCUUCAAAACUCUGUUCUCGUCUUAUGUCUGCAAGUCAUUCCGACAGUUCACGCAGAAACAAGUUGGCAGACACAACUUGCAGCUAUUCAAUGAGAUACAUAUGUGAAACAAAGACGUGCACUACUGUGGAGCCGUCGGUCGCGGGAAAUGGUGACGUUGAGAUUACCGCAUCUUCCACUCAUGAUCACUGCUCUACGGAGAAAGCGGUUUUAAACUCUCAAGUCGGGGACCCUAACGUGGAACCCAUAUGGGCAGGAGCUUGGUGUGCUGGCGGGAACAAUAAUGACCAGUGGCUCCAGGUUGACCUGAAUUCACCGACCAGAGUAGCAGGUGUCAUCACACAAGGGAGAGCUGACGAAAACCAGUGGGUAGAACGUUACAAGCUACAAUAUAGCUGUGAUGACAGCAACUGGAACACUUACUCCGAACAAGGACAAGAAAAGGUGUUCGAUGGAAACAGCGACAGGGACAGCGAAGUCCGGCAUCGCCUAGACCCGCCUGUUACAGCGCGCUUCGUCCGGUUCCAUCCUUCAGACUGGCACGGCCAUAUCAGCAUGAGAAUGGAGGUUCUCCGGUGUGCAGACGGCACCACAACUCCACCUCUACCAACAACAACUCCCGCCGUGACCACUACAACAGCUGCCACCAGCACAGCGGCCAUGUCAACUGCAGGGGCUGCUAAAACUUCCACAACAGGAUAUUCAUUACUGAUGCCUUCGUAUUACGGCUUUGACAUCUACAAAGUACCCGUGACUGGAAGCAUGAUCAGUGCCAGCCUCCGCACCGCUUGCGAAGCCCAGGGGAUGCAACCAGUGUGCCACAGACCUGAAGACGCGAAACCAGAGUUUUGGUUUUCCUACUGUCAAACCAUCCCGGUUGGGACUGAAAUAUCAUCAACAGAAAAAAGUCACGAAGUUCUAGCAUAUCAUUUGUGUGGUUCCGUGAUUCCAAAGGCAUGCGAGCCACUGCAUGAUACUUUUGUGGCUGUACGGGGCUGGCAAAGCAACGACGGCGCGUGUGGAGUCACAUCAUCUACUUGGUGCGUCGAUGGCAAUAACUUCAACAACAAGCACGCACUCUGUUCCAGAGCUGCAACCACCACACCAGCUGCAACCACCACACCAGCUGCAACCACCACACCAGCUGCUACCAGCACAGUGGUCUCAUCAACAGCAGGAGCUGCUGUAUCAACCACAACAGGACCUUGGGUCGUCCCUGAGAGUUGCCCAACGGACACAAGUUCCAUCACACUGCCUAAUGACAAGACAUACACCGAUGGGCCGGAGGGUGCUGUCACCUACGACGCGGCCGAGACAAGCUGCACCGGACUGGGCCAAAUAGUCGCCGUGCCUCGGGACUCAAACGAGCAGCGAUACUAUGUGUUCUACAAGAACUGCAUCAGCACGUCUGCACGGUUCUGGCUGGGACAAACUAAACAAGACGGGGCGUGGGUCGACGGCCAAGGCACGGCGACGGGCUCCUUUUCAGCCUGGGCUCCCUCGGAACCAGGACCCAAUACCUGCUCCUAUAUUGUAAAUAAGAACGAUGGCAACAGCGAGCGCAGAGACUUGUGGGCGGACUCAGCUUGCACUUGGGACCACAAAUACAUCUGUGAAUCAACCAUGCAGGCCACCACGUCUGCCCACGUGACCCCUGCACCCAGCACAGCAACAGAGGCCAGCACCGCGGCUGUUCCUUCAACAGCAGGAGCUGCUGGCUCCACCACGGCUCAACCGACGACCCCUGUAUCCAGCAACACAGCAGAGGCCAGCACCGCGGCUGUUCCUUCAACAGCAGGUGCUGCUGAAUCCACCACAUCUCAACAAACGACCCCUCAUAACAGCAGAGGCCAGCACAACUGUAGUUCGGUCAACAGGAGGGGCUGCUGCAUCUACUACGUCUCAACCAACUACCUCUGUAUCCAGCAACACAGCAGGGGACAGCACAACUGUAGUUCGGUCAACAGCAGGGGCUGCUUCUACUACAUCUCCCCAAAUGACCCCUGCACCCAGCACAGCAGCAGAGGCCAGCACCACGGCUGUUUCGUCAACAGCAGGGGCUUCUGCACUGACCACAUCUCAACCAACGACACCUGUAUCCAGCAACACAGAAGACGCCAGCACUACUGA